GUAAGCAAAGAGCUUUGUCUGCGGCGCGAGUUGGUGCGUCGUUGUAGUCACAAAUUAUCCUCUGAUAGUGCAGAACGACGCCACGAGCGCUAGCUGCAAAAGCAACGCACUUGAGCAUCAACAAAAGCCAUCUGAGUCCUACCGCCCCCGCGCCGGCACCUGUCGUCGCUCCGCCGCCCGCCGCCGCGGCGCCAGCGCCCAUGGAGAUGAGCACCGAACCUUCGCCCGUGGUCGCCGCGGCCGCGUCUGUCCCCGCCGACCACGUCCCCCUCCUCGCGGGCGUCCGCCUUUUUAUGUUCGGCGCCCGGGACCAGCUCAACUCAUACGAUCUGCGCCACCUCUCCGAGGUCCCGGACGGCGAUCGGCCCCCGGCGCCGGCUGACCUGACGAACAUCGCGAAUUUCUUCCGGGAGUCACCGUCAUCCAACGGCGGUCUGGACGCCGUCGCUCUAGGUCUCUGCGGCUGCGAGGUCGACAAACCCGUCGUCUUUGCGCUACAGACGCUCACAGUCGUCGGGACGGACACGGUGCGGAUUUCGAAGACCGCCGUGGACAUGACCCUCAUGCCGCACCUCCCUCUGCAGUCGCUGCUCGAUCAUUUUGCGGCGCAGGUGCCCCGCUUCGCCCGGCAAUUACUACCGGGCGCACGCUACGUCGCCUGCGAAAAGGUGGACUCCUCGCGCACGGGAUAUCUAUGGGACCCCGACUCCCAGCGACACCUCCCCUUCGAGAUCUGGCAACCCGGCCCCGGCUACGCGAGCGUCUUUCCCUCCAACGCCACGGGCGUCGCGUUUCUGCGCGCCGAACUGAACGCUCCGGGCGCCGCGGCGACGGCGUAGGGCUUCCAAGUCAUCAUAAGCUCUCAUUAUUAUCUAGCGG